AUCACCAUCUCCACCACCAUUAACUCUCUCUCUUUCUCUCUCUCUCUCGCACCAUACACAAAAUGGAGAAACCUAUGCUCGAGACAUGGCGACGCGACCCGGCCUUCCGGCCGCCGGAGACACCGAGAGAGCCGAUGGAGUUCCUCUCCCGCUCAUGGAGCGUGUCGGCUGUCGAGGUCUCCAAGGCUUUGACCCCGUCGUCUUCCCAGCCCCCUCCGGCGACUCACCUCCUCCUCUCCAAGAUCUCCGGCGGCGGCGUCAUACUGGAGGAGGAAUCCGUCGCCGGCGGCGGCGGAGACCCGGAGGAGAACGGCAUCGCCGUCUCCGUCUCCGGCAACCCUUUCUCCUUCGCCUCCUCCGAGACUUCUCAGAUGGUCAUGGACCGUAUCUUGUCUCAGUCUCAAGAAGUGUCUCCAAGAACGUCAGGUCGGCUCUCGCACAGCAGUGGUCCUCUGAACGGUUCCUUGACCGACAGCCCUCCUGUUUCCCCGCCGGAGGCCGACGACAUUAAGCAGUUUUGCCGGACGAACAACAACACACUGAACCAGAUUUCGCAGUUCCGUACGACGGCGGUGACUCCGGGACCCAUCACCGCCACGGCCACUCAGUCCAAGACGGUGGGUCGGUGGCUGAAGGACCGGAGGGAGAAGAAGAAGGAGGAGACGCGUACCCACAACGCGCAGGUCCACGCCGCUGUCUCCGUCGCCGGAGUCGCUGCCGCCGUGAAUGCGACCCUUGUGGCUGCUCAGUGCGUGGAGGCUGCUGAAGUGAUGGGAGCCGAGCGCGAGCACUUGGCCUCCGUCGUGAGCUCCGCCGUCAACGUCCGCUCCGCCGGAGAUAUCAUGACGUUAACCGCCGCAGCUGCCACAGCGUUAAGAGGUGUGGCGACAUUGAAGGCGAGGGCACUGAAGGAAGUGUGGAAUAUUGCAUCAGUGAUUCAGAUGGAUAAAGGGAUAAAUUCAGGAGGAUGCAGCAAUCAUAAUGGCAACGGCAAUGGCAAUGGUAACGGUAACAGUAGCAAUGGCAGCUCAAGCAGUAGCCAUAGCGGUGAACUCGUCCCGGAGGAUAAUUUCUUGGGGAUUUGCAGCAGAGAAUUGCUUGCUAGAGGCUGCGAACUCCUCAAACGCACCCGAACAGGUGAUCUCCAUUGGAAAAUAGUCUCAGUUUACAUCAACAGAAUGAAUCAGGUUAUGUUGAAGAUGAAGAGCAGACAUGUUGCAGGGACCAUCACCAAGAAGAAAAAGAACAUAGUGCUUGAGGUGAUAAAAAAUGUACCGGCUUGGCCCGGCCGCCAUCUUCUCGAGGGCGGGGAGGAUUUCAGGUAUUUCGCCCUGAAGACGGUUUUACGAGGCGUUGUGGAAUUCGAAUGCCGAAGCCAGAGGGAGUACGAUGUGUGGACUCAAGGGGUGGCAAGGCUUCUUGCUGUCGCAGCCGAGAGGAACAACAGAUGUAGAAUCUGAAUGAUUUUUAUGGGGGGUGUUGUUUUUAACUUAUGGGGUCAAAGUAGAAUUUGGAGAAAGUUUAGGGGUUCCUUUUAGAGGGUUUCUUUUGGGGGAGGGUAUAGAAUGAAAUUGGCGAGAGUUUUUAACGAUAGUAUUAGUGGGGGGUUGGGGGGAGGGGGGACUUUGCUAAAAAAAAAUGUUAGUGGGUGUUCGUAAUUUCAUGUUCUCUAUUUCCUUUUUUUUUUUGGUGUUUUUGUAAAAAUGUUAUAUAUAUAUAUAUAUAUCUAAGUUUUAAUGGGGUGGGUCCAUA